GCUCUGCUCCCUUACUCAACACAACAACUUUUGGUGAUAAGUUCUGACUGGGAAAGAAAGACUAUUCUGUUUUCAGAGAGAAUGGCCAAUAAGUGCGGGUCGUGUGGUCCUGGAUACAGCAGUCCCCUCAGCGCCAUGAAGGGACCACGGGAAGAAAUUGUCUACCUGCCCUGUAUAUACAGAAACACCCCGGUCAACAAACCAGACUACCUAGCCACAGUGGAUGUGGAUCCCAAAUCCUCCACGUACUGCCAGGUUAUCCAUCGCUUGCCGAUGCCAAACUUGAACGAUGAGCUCCACCACUCCGGCUGGAAUGCCUGCAGCAGCUGCCAUGGAGAUCCUUCCAAAAAGCGUAACCGGUUGAUCCUGCCGGCGCUGAUCUCAUCCAGGAUUUAUGUGAUAGACGUGGGGACAGAUCCUCGAGCACCCAGGUUGCAUAAGACUGUGGAGCCAAUUGAUUUGUUCUGGAAGUGCAACCUGGCUAAUCCACACACAUCUCACUGCCUGGCUAGUGGGGAGGUGAUGAUCAGUUCCAUCGGUGACCCUUCUGGGAAUGGCAAAGGUGGCUUUGCAUUACUGGAUGGCGAGACGUUUGAAGUGAAGGGGAACUGGGAGCACGAGGGUAAUGCAGCUCCCUUCGGGUACGACUUCUGGUAUCAGCCCCGGCACAACAUCAUGAUCAGCUCGGAAUGGGGUGCACCCAAAGCCCUUGCCAAUGGAUUUAAGUUGGAAGAUGUCGAAGCUGGACAUUACGGACAUUGCCUUCAUGUCUGGGACUGGACCAAGCACACGCGCAUACAGACUAUCGACCUCGGCAAGGAUGGGUCCAUUCCGCUGGAGAUCCGCUUCCUCCAUGACCCCAGUGCCACAGAGGGGUUGGUCGGCUGCGCUUUGAGCGGUUGUGUCUUCCGCUUUUACAAGACAGAGAAAGGAGACUGGGCUGCAGAGAAAGUUAUCGCCAUUCCCAGUAAGAAAGUCAAAGGCUGGAUUUUGCCAGAGAUGCCAGGUCUCAUCACUGACAUCCUCCUCUCCCUGGAUGACCGCUUCCUGUACUUCAGUAACUGGCUCCAUGGUGAUAUCCGGCAGUACGACAUCACUGACACCAGGAAGCCCAAGUUGGUUGGGCAGGUGUUUAUUGGAGGAUGUGUUUUGAAUGGCGGACCAGUGAAGGUUCUUGAAGACAAGGAACUGAAGAGUCAGCCUGAGCCCCGAAUCGUUAAGGGGACAAGGAUUCGUGGUGGACCUCAAAUGAUCCAGCUAAGCUUAGAUGGGAAGCGCCUAUAUGUCAGCACGUCUCUGUACAGUGGAUGGGACAAACAAUUCUACCCCGAGAUUGUCAAGGAAGGGUCGAUGAUGCUGCAGGUUGAUGUGGACACAGAAAAGGGUGGCCUUACGAUCAACGAGAACUUCCUGGUCGACUUUGGGAAGGAACCUGAAGGGCCAGCCCUUGCCCACGAAAUUCGAUACCCCGGAGGAGACUGCAGCUCCGACAUUUGGCUAUAGAUAAAUUUUGGGUGAUACCGAGAGGGAAGCGAAGAUCCUGGGGGAGAACCGUUAGAGGUCUUCAAAGGCUCGUCUGUCAUUGUUGUAUGAUUCAACCUUGCUCACAAUAGCACGUUGUGUCCAAUCAACUGAAGAGUCUGCUUUUUGCAAUGGCUAAAUUUUCGCAUGUAGAGCUCUUAAGGGAGUACUUCAUGAGCUUUGCCUCGGUUGUCUUAGUGCUUUGUCAAUGAACACUUGGAUGAACUGAAUGCAAUUUUAUGCUCCCCUACUUCUUAGCUAUGGGUCAGUGAAAUGAGGGCACAGGAGGAGACCAAAAUGCUUCAUUUCCUUUUUUUUUGAGUCAGAGCAGGUAGGGAUACAACAUCCAUCUUCUGCUUGGUUGUUGAUUAGCUAUUUAUUGGUACAGGGAAGGCCAUUUUGCCUGUUUUAUAUUGAUCUUAAUAUCAACUUAAUAUCUUGCACACUUUGCUUCCGCAUCCCUCAAUACUUUUCCAAAACAAAAAUCUACCAGAAUCUGAUAUCUUCAUUUGGUUCAAGGUCCAACACCGCUCAGAAGGGGAGGGAGUUCCAGAAUCCUAUUACCUUACAUGCAAAGAACUUUCCAACAAUUUUGGGAUUUUUCCCUCCUUAUUGGGACUCACAUCCCAGAAGAAACAGUUUCCUUCAUCUCCUUUGGUUAUUUUCUUUAAUUCCCCUCAAUUAGAUCUUAGCCAUUCAAAUUGAAUAUUUGCAAUCAGUUAUGGUUAACAUCUCUUCUCAUGAAAAACUCCUUUUGAAGCUCAGCUUGCUCGUUGACUGCAAGAAAAUUGAUUUUGUUUUUAGCAUACUGACGUAUAUCCUCCAAAAUAUUUCAGGAUCUGAUAAUGCACCCAAUUAUGUUCUUUCAAAUAAUUUGCUUCUUUCCCUCACUUUGUAUAGGACACGUAGUCCAAAGAAUGCAAAAAUCAAAUCUCACCAUUGCGAUUUCAGAAAUUCACUUUAUAAAAAAAUUUUGGAAAAUAAAAUGUCUGGUUUCAGUUCAAAAAUGUGACUCAAGUUGUCAGCAACACAAUUCAAACUGGUUCACUGAUGGCUUGUUGGGACGGAAACUUGACAUCACCUAAUCUGUAUAAGGCGUGGUUUCGAUGUUAAAUCAGAGGCUUGUGGGUUUGAGUCCCACUCUAGAAAUCAGAGGGUAAAGGUCUACUGUGAUCCUCCUGGUGCAGUACCAAGGACUAUUGCACCAGGGGAGAGGCUGUCUUUAGGAUGACUAGGCACCCUAAUGUUCUCAGGUGGAUUUUAAAGACCACAGGCCACUAUCCAAAAAUUAUCUCCUUUGUGUGCAUGUCGCCAAAUAUUUCAACUUAUUGUCCU